UCUAUCCAUACAUCGUUGUCAUGGCGGGCAUGGCUACUGCUAGUGGAGCUCCGCGGGUGUUUACGUCGCCCAUGCCGAGCUAUGGCGUCACCGCGCGCUCGCCGCUGGUUCUGGGCAGCAGCUUCGUGCCGCAUUCUUCCUCGAGGACGAUCAUCGCGUCGCCGGCGCGGCUGAUCUUCGAAACGAGCACGAGUAGGAUCAGCAUGGCCUGGGCGGGAAGCCUGGCGUCCAUUCGGCUCGUCAUCCAGGGCAAGCAUUUGGAGCUCACGGAGGCGCUCAAAGCUUAUGUGGAGGACAAAGUCGGCAAGGCCGUGCACAAUCACGCGUAUCUGGUGAUGGAGGUGGACGUUCGCUUGUCCGUGCGCGGCGGCGAGAGUGGCAGGGGACAAAAGCUCCAGAAAUGCGAGGUGACCAUGUUUACGAAGAAGCACGGUGUCGUGCGAGCCGAGGAAGCGACCGAUAGCAUGUACUCGGCCAUCGACCGGGUGUCGGACGUGGUGGCCAGGAAACUCCGCAAGAUCAAAGAGAGGGACGGACAUGGCCGGCGCUUGCCAUCUCACGUCGGGGAGAUCCUCUCCAGGGAAUCGUCUAGCGCUCCUCCAACCCCGGCUGUGGAGGAGCCUGACUUUCCAGACGAGAUUGUGAGAACCAAGAUCUUUGACAUGCCACCCCUCAAGAUCAACGACGCAAUGGACCACAUGGCAAACGUUGGCCAUGAUUUCUACGCGUUCAGGAAUGCCGAGAGUGGCGAGGUGAACAUCCUCUACAAGAGGAAAGAAGGCGGCUAUGGAAUCAUCAUCCCCAGGGAAGGCGAGGUGGAAGAGGGCGAGGAAGACAACAAGGAUGCGUAGAGGAGGCUCCAGAGUUUUGGAAAAACAGGGAUUCUCGACUGGCGGCCCGGAUCAAGGCCUCGACGCGGCUCUCCAGCCUCCGGGAGUUCCACGCGCGAGUCUCCUCAUGGACGUGUACAGCAAAUGGGGAGGCACGAUCGCCAUUACGUUUUCUUGUGGAAAAUCUUGCUGGUUCAUCUCGCUCGAGCUACUGCCGUAGUUUGGAACAAGUGCAUAUGCCCACACUGGGUAUAUGUCAAGGCGGAAAAACUGUUCUAUGCUCUUCGUGAGUUUCUUGAAACUCCAUGCUUGGAUGUUAUAGCUAGAACUCUGAAGUUGUGCAAGCCACAAUGUUGCUUGA